CGUUUCUCAAUCACCCCAUUUUCAUCUUCCCCAAUUUCUCCCUUCAAAAAUUAUGCAAUCUCAACAAUCAUCUUUCAUUUUACACCAUCUAAAAUACAUCCUAUCCGAGCAUCGGACCGUCAUCGGAUUCCGUUGGAGCCACGCCCAAUCAUGGGGCGCCACGUGGGUGUUCCUCUUCUCCUCAAUUUCCUUAUACUUCGCGCUCUCGGCCACCCUCCACAUCCUCCUCCUCAUCUUCCGCCACCCCACCCGUCCAGUCCCCUGCGGCCCCAUCCCAGCACUCCACAGUCUUGCCAUGUCCCUGAUCUCCGCCACCAUACUGGCCGGAUCCCUGACCUCAGCCAGUGCCGAGAUCAGGGACACACGCUGGCUAUGGGGCCGCAGUAAAACCCCACUACAAUGGCUCCUAUGUUUCCCACUAGGCACGCGCUCCUCGGGGCGCGUGUUCUUCUGGUCAUACAUUUUCUACCUAUCACGUUACCUCCACGUGAUCCGAACCUUCUUCACCAUCUUACGACGUCGUAGGCUCUCCUUACCCCAACUCUUCACCAAUUCCAUUCCAAUUGUCAUGUCAUUUCUCUGGCUUGAAUUCUCGCAGUCGUUUCAAGUACUCGAAAUCAUCUUCACUACAUUCACAAAUUCUGUGGUUUACGGAUACCGAUUCUGGACCGAACUAGGAUUGCCAACGGCUUCGUAUCCGUUGGUAGCCAACGUUGAGAUCAUCUUGUUGGCUUUGAAUUCGAUUUGCCAUUUUGGGGUGUUGUUUUUGCAUAUUUGGGGUGGUGGGUGUAAUGGAAUUGGGGCUUGGGUUUUCAAUUCCAUCCUCAAUGGUGCUUUCUUGAUCAUGUUCUUCAAAUCUUUCAUUAAAAGGCGUCGAAUUCGUCGAAAAGCAAUGGAAUCUACAGCCACAAAUGUUAAGAGUGAUUAAGUCUUUGAGGAUCAUCUCUGAAAAUUGUAGUUGAUCCCAAUUAUAAUUCUAUUCUAGUAUGUAUAAUUUAUCAAAUGUACAUAUUAUAUGAAAAUAGUUAAACACAGGAAGAGGAUUAGAGGCAGAUUAAAUCAAUCUUUUGUAUAGUUAUUGGCUAUGAGCUUUUGAAUUCUUUUGACUGAUGAAGGGUUUAAGCAUAAAACUCAUAUUACUUCAUCAUCUGUAAACAAAUCAAACUAUUUAGGACGAGUGGACGACUAGUCGGCUAGUUUGAUGGUUUAAACUGAUAUGUUUUUCACAUUCGUUAUUUUUAUUUAAAGUUGUAUAAGGAUAAACAUGGUUCAUACCC